AGCAAACAUCUUACGGACUUCGAUAAACUCCAGGGAGAGGAAACGAAUGCACGAUUUGAACGAAGCCCCUGGAAGAACUUCGUAGACCAGUCUGCACGGAAAAUGAGCAAAAUCAAUACUUUGCUACUGGCAUGCAACUGGAUUCGGCAGCUGACGAUCCGAAAUCACGAGCUGCAGAAGCAGGUGGCAGCGUUGCGAGCUGAGGACCGUAUCUCUGUGCCUAUCGGACCCCCACCGCCAUCAUCUCAACCAACCAACGCGUUUACCAUGACACCUGGACCUAUCAGUUUCGCGUUAGGACCAACCCCGUGCAUGAAAGCGUUCGGGCAAGCUUGUUUUUGUAUCGGUUGUUUAACAAUGGGAUCAAAGCAG